CACACACGCACGCGCGCGCUCGCGGGGCGGGGAAGCCUGCAUCUGCUAGGAGAGCGGAGCGGCGUCGGUCACUCCCAGGACUUCGCUCCGUUCCCGGGCUCUCCUUGGGCUCCGGCUCCCGAGGGCGGCGCGCCCUGAGGCACGCAGGCGGCUCCCAGGCUUGCUCCCACCCACCGUCCCUCCUCCCCUCUGGGGACAGGAUGAGGGGGCUCGUUCCGCUGACAGCUCGCCAGCGUUUCUGAAACCGGAGGACGGAGGGGAGAGCCGCACGCCCUUUCUCCUGCCGCCGGGACCGGAGCAGAGAAGGAGCCAUGAAGCCCGCUCCGUGGAGGAUCCUCCUCUCGCUGCUGCUGUGGCUUCUGCUGGAGUGUACAGAGGCCAAAAAACAUUGCUGGUAUUUUGAAGGAAUAUAUCCGACAUAUUAUAUAUGUCGUUCCUAUGAAGACUGCUGUGGCUCAAGAUGCUGUGUGCGGGCUCUGUCCAUACAGAGGCUCUGGUAUUUUUGGUUUCUUCUGAUGAUGGGUGUUCUCUUCUGCUGUGGAGCUGGCUUCUUCAUUCGCAGGAGGAUGUACCCUCCACCACUAGUCGAAGAACCAACAUUUAAUGUAUCCUACACCAGGCAGCCCACUAACCCAACAGCAGGAGCCCAGCAACCAGGCAUGCCGUAUUACACUGACCCUGGAGGAGCUGUGAUGAACCCAAUGGCGAUGGCUUUCCAUGUCCAGCCCAACUCACCCCAGGGCACCCCAGUUUAUCCACCCCCACCGUCCUACUGCAAUACGCCACCUCCCCCCUAUGAACAGGUGGUGAAGUCCUCCAAGUAGUGGUGAUGGAAGGUCAGGUGAUUUGAUGCUGUAGGAAGAAGGCACCAUGCGGUAGUCACAGGGAGCUGAGGGAGGGGGCCUCGGCAUUUCGGAGAUACUUGUCCUUCUACCCUCCCUGUCCCCAUCAAUGUUAGUCACAAGGAAUGAUCUUAUGGGCUGCUUGUGGGUCCAUUUUCCUUUGAUGUCUUCAAAGCAAGCACAAUGCCCCUUCUGAGGGUUUUAUGGAGACCUCUCUUUUAAAGUCACAUUGUGUGUGUGUUUGUGUUUUCUGUUUAUUUAUUGUUUCUGUUUGUUUCCCCGGCUGUUGAGGCACCAGGGCUGAGUGCAGUAGUUGUUUGGGGGUCUGUCAGGGCCACGAGACAUUUCGGUCUGUGCACUUGGGGCAGCACCACUCAGUGGUCUUCUGCAGAUCUGGGAGGAGGAAACACAGAUCUAUAGGGAAAGCUAGUCCAAGCAGCCCCCGGAAGGCACAGAUCUUUCUUUCCUGGUUUUAAGGGCAGAGAGGAAACAGCAAAAAAGAUGGGGCCUGGCAUUUCCAUGACAAGCUUUGUUCUGCUGGACAGAAAGGUCCCUGGCCUCAGGAAAACUCAGGUCCUGCUCAGCUCAACCUCUGACCUAUCCACUGGUGGAGAGACGAGAUGUGUUGGGAUCACCUGUUGGCAGCGGCUGUCCCGUUAGCGAUUCUCCCUUUGUGGCAUUGAUGUCGAAGUUGUUCAUGCUUCUUUCUUAUGAGAGUGGGAAGAGGGGAGACGAGGAUAUCCAUCUUAAGAAGCCUCUACAUAACUUCACCAACUACAUUAACACCCCAAACAUUUCAUGCUGGACGUAAAAGUAGACUAAAGAGCUAGUAGGUCAUACUUCAUGUAGGGUAAAGAUCAGGACAAAAUGAACUACCCACUGAUAGCCUGAGGUUCUCCAGAAAUCACUAAGGGAUUUGGGAAUUCCUACAAAAACUGUCUCUGGCACUUAGCCAUAGAUAGGCAUGGUAAUGUGUUUUUAAAGCCAAUGUCCUUGGGGAAAACAGCUUCCCUUCACCUAGGGCGUAUUGGAAAGACCAUUCCCAUGGGAUGAUGACGAUGAUGACCUUGUAGUCCUUCAGUAAGAACUGUGAAUCUGAAGGAGAGAGAGCCACCUCUGGACUGAUCUUAUGUUGGUUUCCUAUGUCUCCUGUCAGCCAUCCCACCCCUCCCUAUGCCCAAAGCUCCCCCUGUUUCCUUCUUGGAAGCAAUGCUGUUCUCUGAUAGGUCUCUGGGUAGAAAUUGAUCAACAGCUGCUGAAUGAUCACUCCUGGGUUCAGAGGCAUUUAGUAAAAGGUAUUCUCUGAAACUGUAGAAAAUGACUCCCUAAUGGUUUUCUAAAAUAAUUUUUAUUGAUAGCAUUUGUUUUUACGUCACCUACAUUUCCCAAUGAGUCCCCUCUCCCCACAAGAGCUUCCUGUAUAACAAAGAAUAGAAGGAAAACUAACCAACAAAUUGAAAAAAGUCUGAUUUUAUAUGCAGUAUUCCACACUCAUAGUCUCUCACCUCUGUAAAGAAGUGGGUCCCAUUGUGUUUUAUAUGUCUUUUGAAAGCAAAUAAUCAAACUCCACAAGGUUGGGACUUUUUCUAAGAAAGCUUCCUUCCCCAUCUUGUCAUCGCUAAUCCCGAGUGAACCCUCUCUGAGGGCCAAACAUUUCUAUUUCUUACAUUACUUCUCUUGGGAGCCUGCGACCACCCCAUCACACAAACACCAAUGCUGGUGCCCAAGUGUGGACAGUCAGUCAGCCAUUAGAGUCAUAGAGACACAACUAGGAGUCUUGGUGACUGUGCUUAUUUAUUAGCUCCGAGGCAAGGGGCUUCCUAGGGAUCUCAGGCCUAGUCUCUGGGGCUCUCAAAUAGGGGAGCUCUAACUGGGAAAGAGAUGAGAAUCCUGAGAUUACAGGUGGAUUUCUGAAAAGCACAAAAAUCUCUAAGGAUUUUCUUUUCCCCGGUAGUUAAGUCAGCAUGAAACCUGAGGCAGUCCACAUGUGAUUUAAUUCAAUCUCAGGAUAUGCUUCAAAAAUAUGACUUGGUGGGUAACAAACAUUCACUUUCCUAGGCCCUGGUCUCCAAGUCCAGUCCAAGGGGAUGAGACCCUCAAACAAAAUGUUUUUCUCUAGGGUUGGUUAAGAGAACUCAACUCAGAUGUUGCCCUGAUCUAUCACUUAAUGCCAAAGGUGAGACACAGGCCACAGAACACCCCUCCCAUCCACCAGGUAUUUACUUUUCCUUACACGUGGAAAAUACCUUUUUGAAAUUGCUAACUGUAACACUUGAGUAGACAAGUUUCUGAGGUUUAUUCUUUGCAUCCUAGAAAAAUUAGCUCAGCUUCCUAUAUCCAACUCUCCCUAGAAUAGGAGUUUCUAACCUUUUUUUUUAAUGUCAGAGACCCCUUCUCAAGAAUAAUUGUUUUUAAAAAUUUAUAGUUUAAGAACUACAUUUCAGUUAGAGAUUACUGAUAAUAAAUCUGGUUUUUUUUUCAUCCAAAUUCAUACUGCAUCCUUCCCCGAGCUUAAGAAUCCCUGCCUUAUGGGAAUUUUAUGUGCAGCACUGUGUUUUGAGGGGACCCAUACGUAUCUAAAGUGAAGUCUUCUUUGGGAAUCAGAGUGUUUUAGGGAAUUCUAUUUUGACAAAGACACGCUAACAAAAAGAAGGAAGCCCCAAUGGAUGGAGAUGAAAUUUGCCCUGCAAGCUUGCUGCCAGGAACCAUGGCCACCCUGGGCUGCUUCAGGUUUCUGGAACCUAGCCAAGGUGCCCCCAGACUCAUAUCCUGGAUGUGAAGAAAAGGACUACACAAGGUUCCCACCUAAGGAACAAACCUUUGGGUCAAAAAGUCUACUUUUCUCCUGGUUAUGUGUGCAAAUAUACAGAAAUGCAUAUAGGCAUAGACAUAUGCAUAUUAAUAUUUAUACACACCUAUUUUGAACAAAGAAGCAAUGUCAUCGGGCUGGCUCCAGAUCCACACAGUCCAGCUCAGUAGCAGUCAAAGACCCAAAUGGCCAUGAGGAAAGCUUUUUGGGUGGGGAGGGGUGGGCAAGAGCCCUAAGAUACUAGAAGAUUGGUGGUGGUCUACAGUUUUCUAUAUUAUUAUACGUGCAAGAAAAAAUGUUUUCCCAGAAAUAUGGGGCAGCACCCAGUUACAGUAAACUUUGAUACUGUAUAUUGAAAUUCAACUUCUGGGGAAGUUUUCCUACAGUUCUCAUUUCCUCUGUUAAUGUCGGUGGAUUCUACCCACCUCUUCAUCUUUUAACAGUGAGCUCAGCCUCCUAGUGUGGUGAAGUCAUUUAGCCCCUAUCUAGCGAUACGGCAGAAUCCAUAGGCAAAACCCCAAAGUCCCUUAUAGGUUCUGUGCAUGCUUUUCUUCUGCAAAACUUUUGAUGAUUUGUUUCUUUUUUUCUUUCUAUUUUUAGUAAAAAAAAAAUAACAAUAAUAAAGUACCUUUUGAUAGGGUCCUGUUUCCUAUGUAUGCAAAAUAAAAAUGAAUUUGGG